AUGCCGGAGACCGGGCAGGAGCCGCCCAGCGCCCCUCCGCCUCCCCCCAAGGAAUCCUUCUACAUCAAGAACCUGCUCAACGGCGGCCCCCCAAAGGCGCCCCCCAAGCAGCCGCGGGCGCUGUUCGCCCCCUCGGGCAAGGCGGCGGUGGACGGCGCCGGCUUCGCCCUCUCGCAGGUGGGCGACCUCGCCUUUCCCCGCUUCGAGAUCCCGGCGCCGCGCUUCGCCCUGAGCGCCCACUGCCUGGAGCGCGCCCAGACCUGGUGGUACCCCUACGCCCUGACGCCGGCCGGAGCCCACCUGCCCCGCACGGAAGCCGCAGAGAAAUCCCUGCUGAGGGACUCGUCCCCCGCCUCGGGCACCGACCGGGACUCCCCGGAGCCGCUGCUGAAGGCGGAGGGGGAGCAGAAGGAGCUGGACUCCAAGAGCCCCGACGAGAUCGUCCUGGAGGAGAGCGACUCGGAGGAGGCGAAGAAGGAGGGAGGCGCGGAGGACUGGAAGAAGCGGGAGGAGAGCCCCGAGAAGAAGCCGUGCCGCAAGAAGAAGACGCGCACGGUGUUCAGCCGCUCGCAGGUCUUCCAGCUGGAGUCCACCUUCGACAUGAAGCGCUACCUGAGCAGCUCGGAGCGCGCCGGCCUGGCCGCCUCGCUGCACCUGACAGAAACCCAGGUGAAGAUUUGGUUCCAGAACCGCCGCAACAAGUGGAAGCGGCAGCUGGCGGCCGAGCUGGAGGCGGCCAACCUGAGCCACGCGGCCGCGCAGCGCAUCGUGCGCGUCCCCAUCCUCUACCACGAGAACUCGGGCGCGGAGGGGGGCGCGGGGGGCGGCGGAGCCCCCGGCACGCAGCCCCUGCUCACCUUCCCUCACCCCGUCUACUAUUCGCACCCCGUGGUCACCUCCGUGCCGCUGCUGCGGCCCGUCUGAGCCCGGCCGCCGCUGCGCGGAGGGGCGCGGAGAGGCGCGCAAGGCACCCGGCCGCUUGUAAGUACUGCAGCCCCCCGUGCGAGGCACCCGGCCGGCGUCUG